AUGUCAUACGAAGACCGCGCCAAUGCGCGCCCCAACCUGAACGAUGAAUCCGAUGUUGAGGAGGAAGCCCUGGUCAACGAUUACCGUGAACAGGUCAACUUCGAUGAUAGCAUGAGCGAGCUGGAUCGCUCAAAUUCUCUGGGUGGUUCACAAGCUCAGGACCUCCAGGCUCAGCUGGCCGCCGCUGCUACCCCGCUGGAAUACCAGGCUACUCUGGAGACCAAGUUCGCCAGCUACGAUAACUACUGCAGUCUUUUCCACUACAUCCUCAACUCGGAGGGUCCCGUUGAUUUGGAAGUCCCUUCGUACUACUGGGCCUGGGAUGUCAUUGACGAGUUUAUCUACCAAUUCGAGUCGUUCUGCCGCUACCGCAACCGUGUCGCUCGCACCGGAUCCAACGAGGAGGAGGCUCAAUUGCUCCGUGAGAACCCCAACACAUGGGGCUGCUACUCCGUUCUGAACGUGCUCUACUCGCUCAUUCAACGCUCUCAGAUCAACGAGCAGCUCGCCGCCAUCAAGCGUGGUGAGGACCCCGUCGCUUUCGCCGGCGAAUACGGCUCCCGCCCCCUCUACAAGAUGCUGGGCUACUUCUCCAUCAUCGGUCUGCUGCGCGUUCACUGCCUGCUCGGUGACUUCAGCUUGGCCCUGAAAACCCUCGAUGACAUCGAGAUGAACAAGAAGGCCAUGUUCGCCCGUGUAAUGGCCGCUCACUUCACCACCUACUACUACGUGGGUUUCUCCUACAUGAUGCAGCGCCGUUACGCCGACGCCAUCCGCAUGUUCAGCCACAUCCUGGUCUACGUUUCCCGCACAAAGAACUUCCAGAAGGGCGGCAACAACUACGACGCCAUUGCCAAGAAGAACGACCAGAUGUACGCUCUGAUCGCUAUCUGUGUGGCUCUCCACCCCACUCGUCUGGAUGAUACCAUCCACUCCGCUGUCCGUGAGAAGUACAGUGAGCAGUUCCACCGUAUGCAGCGUGGCGGCCCCGAGGCCCUGCCCGUCUUCGAGGAGCUGUUCCGCUCCUCUUGCCCCAAGUUCAUCAGCCCUACUCCUCCUGACUUCGAGAACCCUGCCUACAACGUCGACCCCGUCGACCAUCACACUUCCAUCUUCAUGGAUGAGGUCAAGAACACCAUCUUCAACCCUACUAUCCGCUCCUACCUCAAGCUCUACACCACCAUGGACCUUAAGAAGCUGGCUGGCUUCCUUGAGGUUCAGCCUGAGCAGCUGCGCUCCUGGUUGCUUGUCAACAAGCAGCGUAGCCGCCAGAUUCGCUGGGUUGAAGGUAGCCUGUUGGAGGGUGACUCUGUCGUCGCCAAUGACCUUGACUACGCUCUUGAGAAGGACCUGAUUCACGUCAGUGAGACUAAGGCUGGCCGUCGCCUGGUGGACUGGUACCUCCGUAACCUUGCCCGCGUGUAUUAA